AUGCCGGCCAAGGCUGCGGUGAAGCGGAAGAACAAGGCCAAGGCCGCCAGGCCCGUCAAGGCCACCGAAAAGAAGCCGAAGAUCGACGAGGGCAGCGCUGCAGACGAGGAGCAGGCCAACAAGCCGGCCAAGACAUCCGCCCCUCACCCCGUUGAUGAACAGCAAGUGCUACAGGGAAUCCAGGGCCAGGCGGUCGCGAAGGUCGUGGAGCUCGAGCAGCAGGAGGAGAACGAUCCGAACGAGGACAACGAGCAAAAGCACAAGCAAGACCAGGAGGACGACAAGAAGAAGAAGAAGAAGCAACUGCAGAAGAAGAAAAAGAACCAACGCAAGAAGGUCAAGAAGCUGAGAGAGGAACGAUCUGCUGCAGCGCCCGAAAUCCGGCGUAACACCAACUACCGCGCAUUCCUCACCGUGAUGGCUUUUGCGUGUGUAUUAAGUAUCCCGAUCGCGAUGGCUAAAGACUUCAUGGGAACCCUCGUCCAGACUGUCGUCGACUUCGCCGCCUACUUCGUGAUCUUCACCACCAUAACCUUUCCCGUCGGCCCGGUGAUCCGUAAUUGUCUAUGGAUCCUUAUUAUAAUUCGGAUCGCGGCGAGCAUGAUCUUUUGGUUUUCGGGCUUGUCUACUUCGGCGGUGCUCGGAAAUGCCGUGAAACUUUUCUUGGAAUUCAUGGUCUGUCUUUACGACGUCUUCCAACUGAACUACGCCCGCGCC